GUAUAAUCUUGCCAUUUAACGCACAAAACAAGAAAAUCGAACGUAUCAUUAAAACACACUGGCACCACAUUCAAAAGGACAAGUUGAUAGGCCCCACCAUCUCUAUGAACCCACAUAUCAUAUACACCAGGGACCCAAACCUAGGCCUGAAAGUUGCCCCAUUCAUUAAAACACAAUAAAAAAAAAUAAAAAAAAAACUCAUUAAACGCGUGGCAAAAACUAAGAGGAUUCUACAGAUGCAACCACUACCUUGCUCUAAUAUGAAAUAAAAGAAACCCCUGACUUGCAGCAGCACAAAUGUUAUUUACAUCACACAAAUGCCCCUGCAAAGAGCAAUAUAUUGGCAGGACAAAAAGAUGUUUAAAAAAAAAAAAAAACGCAUAUCAGAACAUAUGAGCAAUAUUAAGAAAGGUUUUGAAAAACACUCCCUCUCUAAACAUUUUAGGUUACAUCACAACCAAGGUCCCUCAGGCCUGUUUUUCGCAGUCCUGGAAAGAAUAGAAACAGAUUGGAGGGGAGGCAAUCAUAUUGCAAAGAUGUGACGUACAGAAACAACGUUCAUGUUUGAGUUUAGCACACUCAUGCCAGAAGGCUUGAACGCUGACUUAGAAUUGUUCAGCUUCCUUUAGAAUUAUUGCGUGGUUGCCUCCGGCCGACUGGGGAUAGGCGUCAGACUGGUUAGCAGCACCCCUAACCCCACUCGGUAUGAGGCCACCACUCCCUAUCCACAUACUAUCUCAAAGAAAACUGGUAAAACAUGUGACUAUACAUCGGUUACAAGUAGAAGAAGUUAUCUUUCAGUAGAAAACCUUAUGUGUGAUGAUCUUACAAGUGUUCAAAAGACGGUGCAAAGACUGUCUCUACACAUAGGUUCAUAUAGAUGUCUUCCAUUCUGUCUUCCAACGUUUAACGCCAUUUUUACCUAAAGAAAGGUUCCCUAAAGAAACUUUUGCAUGGAAUACCUCCAGUGCUAUACUUUACAGGUUGUACAUAAAAAAUGCACCGCAUUCGAAAUGUAACUAUGUAUUUACAUCCAAGCAUCACAAUACCGAUCUCUGCACUUAUAAAGACUGUUGCCAAAAACAUGAAAUCAAGAAAAAAGAAGGAAAAAUAGCAUCCUAUGACUAGUCACAUCCACACCAUGGAAUCCAGUCCAGCUCUUUGAUGAUCACCACAGACAGGGUAUAAAAACGGCCUGAUGGGCAGGUGGCGGGUAACCACUGAUGAAGGAGGCAGGUUGGACCUCCGAAACGCGUCUGACCCGCAUCUGUACAAUUUGAUGGACGACAAAUAAUUACUCAUUUCUUGGAAGCGCUUCCAAUAUUGACCUUCUCCCCUUCUGAAUGAAGAUCACCGCGCGGUGAACGCGGACCGGCCCGCAAAAACGUGGGGGCGCCGAACACGGUGACGUCACACCCACGUGGGACGCCAAACGAGGAGACUCGGACGCCAAGAAAGGGGACUCGAAUGGCGAACUAGCGGUCGCGGCCGACAAGAUCACCGGAGAAGGUAACUACAGUCGGGGUACAGACUUCCUUACCUUGUGGGACACCACAACAGCUACAACACCCGACUGUUUUAUGUUAGUACGAACAUAGACAGCCCUGCUAUUGUCAUCAGAGACUAACUUAUUGUGAAGAAACGUUUCAAGUGGAUGUUGAAUGCACUAAUACACUGACUUCCAGAUAAGCAGACUGGAAUGAAGAUUAUAUCGGAAACUGCCAUACAAUAACAGUAAAGGUCCACCAUAUUUGUGACAACAGAGAGGCGACAUUACCGGCAAUAUAAGAACAGUUACUGCAUUACAGCCAAUAUAUAGCUAUUAUAUACCUUUCCCACUGAGAAAGCUACUUACCUGCCUGUUAGAGAAAUACUCCACCAAUUAACAUCUAGAGUGCGAAUGACCAGAAAAUAGCCCUGUAUGGUGGUGACCAUUGCCAAACCUUUAUCCAUCCUGCACUUUCUAUAUUUUUAUAUUCUAUAUAUGCUUUUAUUGAUUUGUGUAUUGAUAUUUUAGUCCUAUCCGUACUCCACUCCCACUGACGUGACACAACAGUAACGCGGGUUCUCUUCCCCAAUGGAAGGGUGGAUCCAGUAAAUGUAUAUUCAUUUGCAAUGUAUGACUUUUUGUUGUGAUUGAUGUUUAUAGGAAAUAAACGUAUUUUGGUCACCCCUACAUUGCUUUCUGUUUGUCACCAGGUGAAGAGUGCCGUUCAUUCUAUUUAAUACUCCAUAUGUGACCAUCAUCUCUGAUCGGGUGAAUCAGCUGAACCUAGAGCACCUGUACAUUGUGUUGGUCAGUAAAAACCGCAAGUCAGAAGAAGAUUCUCAUUUGUGUACUUUUUGUGAUAACAAUUAUAUUAAUCUUCACCAUGAAAAGGAGACACAUGGACAUUAGGGACUGGCGCACAAUCACUAUAUUUUCCUGCAAUCAAAAUGGGGAAAACAAAUCAUUGAUCUUCAGUCACCUGCAGAAACCUAUGAUUGACAGGAUGCUGUACGAGAGACCAGAAGCCCUGAAGCCUCCACGGACAGGUGUUCUCACGGUGACUCCAUGGCUAGCGCCGAUUGUAUGGAAUAGACUCUUCAAUAUAGACAUACUCAACGCACAAUUCCACAAGAGAAGAGUUCACAUUGGACUGACUGUGUUUGCUAUUAGAAAGUACACUAAGUUUAUCAAACAUUUUCUGGACACAGCUGAGAAGUUUUUUAUGACUGGACACCGGGUCACUUAUUAUGUAAUGACCGACCAGCCCGCUGCCGUCCCCAACAUUACACUUGGUGAAAAGAGAAAUCUGGUUGUCCUGGAGGUCCCAGCCUACAAAAGAUGGCAGGACAUCACCAUGAGGGGGAUGCAGAUCAUUCGAGACUACAUCCAUGAUCGGUUCGUCAAUGAGGUGGACUAUCUGGUGUGUCUAGAUGUGGACAUGGAGUUCAAAGACCAGGUUGGGGUUGAGAUCCUCAGUGAUGUUUAUGGCGUCAUCCAUCCGGGUUUUUUCACAUCGUCUCGCAAGGAGUUCCCCAAUGAAAGGCGACCUCAGUCUGCAGGUUACAUCCCCGAAGACGAGGGCGAUUUCUAUUACACGGGGUCCCAUUUUGGAGGCACGGUGGAAGAGAUCUACAAGUUGACCAACCAUUGCCACCACGCCAUGCUGGCCGAUAAAGACAUAAACAUAGAAGCCCUUUGGCAUGAUGAGAGUUAUCUCAACAGAUAUUUCCUGUAUUACAAACCCACCAAGCUCCUGUCUCCAGAGUAUUCCUGGAACUACUACUUUGGAGACUCGGCCCUGGUGGAGAAGAAGAGAUUUGUCGAUCUCCCUAAGGAGUAUGCCAAAGUACGUGACAACCCAUGA